AGCGGUUUUUAUCUUUUUUUUUUUAAGAUCAAGAGAGCUGGUUACUUCCUCUUCUUUAUCUGAAUCAUUUUCUCUUUGGGUUUUUUUUAAUCUCCUUGGUUUUUUUUUCUGGGCAUUUAAUCAAGUGACGGAGGUUCCAGAUCUGUUAACGUCGUGGUCAUGGGAUUUUUGUGACGAGGUGGUAGCUCUUGUCUUUUUCUUCUUUCUCCUUUCUGUUGUGUGUUCGGUUUGAAAUUGGAGGUUCCUGGGAUUUCAAAACCAAAAAAAAAAAAGGCGGAGAAUUUCUUUUGGAUUUUGCGCAUUAUAAGAUUUGGAAAAUUUCUGGAGAGUGGGAGAAUGGGUCAUCACGCAGCGGUGUGGGAUCAUAGAGCAGCCACUGAGAUAACCAAAGACUGGAAUGGGAUUGACCAGGUCGUUCUCAGAAACCCCCAUGGAGCUUCGGCUCGAAUUAGUUUACAUGGAGGUCAAGUGAUUUCCUGGAGAAAUAAUGAGCAAGGCGAAGAACUUCUUUUCACCAGCAGCAAGGCGAUCUUCAAAUCCCCGAAAGCCAUGCGUGGAGGAAUCCAGAUUUGUUAUCCACAGUUUGGAGACUGUGGAUCGCUGGAUCAGCAUGGGUUUGCAAGAAAUAAGAUUUGGGUGAUUGAUGAUAGUCCCCCUCCUCUUCACCCAAAUGAAUCCCUAGGGAAAUCCUUCGUCGAUCUUCUGCUGAAACCUUCUGAUGAGGACUUGAAGCAAUGGCCCCAUAGUUUUGAGUUCCGUCUUAGGGUGUCGCUCGGAGCAGACGGGGACCUGACAUUGAUAUCUCGAGUGAGGAACAUCAAUGGCAAACCCUUCAGCUUCUCCUUCGCUUAUCACAGUUACCUGUCUGUUUCUGACAUUAGUGAAGUCAGGAUUGAAGGCUUGGAGACACUGGACUACCUGGACAAUCUCUGCCGUAGAGAACGUUUCACAGAACAAGGAGAUGCUUUAACGUUUGAAUCCGAGGUGGACCGGAUAUACCUCAGCUCGCCAAAGGUGGUGGCAGUGCUUGACCAUGAACGCAAGAGAACUUACGUCAUCCGAAAGGAAGGGCUACCAGACACUGUGGUGUGGAAUCCAUGGGAGAAAAAGUCAAAAACAAUGGCGGAUUUCGGGGACGAGGAGUACAAACACAUGCUCUGUGUGGAUGGUGCGGCCGUGGAGAGGCCGAUAACCCUGAAACCGGGGGAAGAGUGGACUGGCAAGCUCAAGCUGUCGGCUGUUCCUUCGAGCUUUUGCACCGAUCAGCUCGAACUUCAGAGAAAAGGGUUCUGAUCAAAGGAGAGUGCUUUUGUUCCUCUUUUGCAGCUUCUGUUGCCAUCCGGAGAUUAUUGAAUGGGAUGAGGGGGAAAAAACUUUUUUUUUUCGGCCUUUUUAUGAGUUGUUUAUUCUCAGUAGGGAAGUUGAAGUUGUGAGCCGGUGGUUUAUCAGACCGGCCUUUGAUGAAACAUGUAACGAGCCUAUGCUUUUUUUGUGUCGGGCAAUGUCUAUAUCAUAUGAGA